AUGUCGUUCACUCCGGAAGUUUUCGAUAUUGCCAAUGACUCUCAGACGGCGGACACGGCCAAGAAUUACGGCCUGACGCCUGACCAGGUGAAGGAGCUGGGGAAGAGGGCAACCGCGGCCAAGGCGACGGCUUACUGCCCGUACAGCAAGUUCCGCGUCGGCGCAACCCUGUUGUCCAACGACGACAGAUAUACCGAUGGAGCAAACGUCGAGAAUGCGUCAUACCCAGUCGGGACUUGCGCCGAGAGAGUAGCUUUUGGCACGGCCAUCACAGAGGGUAUCCGGGGCUUCAAGGCUGUUGCUGUUGCCACCGACGUCGAUGCCCCCUGCAGCCCAUGCGGCAUGUGCAGACAGUUCAUUCGUGAGUUCGUUGAUCUUGAGACCCCCAUCCUCAUGUUCAACAAAAACGGCAAGUAUGUCGUUAUGAGGCUCCAGCAGCUUCUCCCGCUCUCAUUUGGUCCUGAGUUCCUCCCUCCCCCGGAGGUAUUGGAGAAGAACUUGGCUAGUGGAGCUUAG